CAACAGUCAGCAGCUGACAAGUUGAUAAGAGGAGAGUUUAAAAGUGAUUUAAGAGAAGAUGGUAUCAUAACGUCGGCUUUACGUCGUCACGCUAACUGGAGUGUGAAGUUUGACACCGAACUGUAGGAGUUUGUUUCUUGUAGUUGUGUUUUGAGUUUUCCAGAGUAGAAAAUGAGCAUCAAUGGAAAUACAAACACAAAUUCAUUUAGUGAAUGCGCCGCCGGGGACGCCGAAGGCAUCGAAACUACACCUUUAUUGACAAAUGGAUCAGUGCAGACCAGAGCCAAAGGAGCCUCCUUCGUCUCCUCUGUGUUUAACCUGAUGAAUGCCAUCAUGGGAAGCGGUAUACUGGGUCUAGCUUAUGCUAUGGCUAGCACUGGAAUAGUUGUUUUUUGUAUCCUGUUGGUGGUAGUGUCCAGCCUGGCAGCGUACUCUGUACAUCUCCUUCUGAAGCUAUGUGACCAAACAGGUAUCAAUUCAUAUGAAGAGCUUGGAGCAAGAGCCUUGCAAAAAACAGGAAAGGUUCUGGUUGGAAUUGCUAUUAUUAUCCAAAAUAUUGGCGCCAUGUCAUCCUAUUUGUUCAUCUUGAAGUCAGAGCUUCCUGCAGCCAUCAACAGCGUCUUGAGUCCAGACAGCACAGGAAAUGCCUGGUAUGAAGAUGGCAGGUUGCUUCUGGUCAUAGUCACACUUUGUGUUGUUCUGCCGCUGUCAAUAUUGCCUAAAAUUGGGUUCCUGGGCUAUACCAGUAGUCUUGCCUUUUUCUUCAUGCUGUACUUUGCAGUUGUGGUUGUGGUCAAGAAAUGGUCCAUCCCCUGCCCACUGCCUCACAAUGUGACUACACUUUCAGGUGCCUUCCAGAUAUCAAAUUCCACUGACUCAGAAUGUACACCCAAACUCUUUGUCAUCUCCAGUAAGAGUGUCUACGCCAUCCCCACUAUGGCCUUCUCCUUUCUGUGCCACACAGCUAUCCUGCCAAUCUACUGCGAACUGGACCGACCUACUAAGAGCAGGAUGCAGAACGUUACAAAUGUCAGUAUCAGCCUCAGCUUCCUGCUUUACCUCAUUUCUGCUCUGUUCGGCUACCUCACCUUCUAUGCUCAUGUGGACUCUGAGCUGUUGCUUGGGUACGACGCGUAUAUGCCUCGGGACAUCAUGGUGAUAACGGUUCGAUUGGCCAUCCUGCUCGCUGUGUUGCUGACUGUACCCCUUAUUCACUUCCCUGCCCGUAAGUCUGCGAUCUUGCUGAUGUGUAGAGGACGGCCCUUCUCCUGGCUCAUCCAUGUCGUUGCGACUCUAAUCAUCCUGGGUGUGGUGCUGCUGAUGGCCAUCUUUGUGCCUGAUAUCAGUAACGUUUUUGGAGUAGUGGGAUCGACAACAUCCAGCUGCCUGUUGUUUGUUUUCCCCGGCAUUUUCUACCUCAAGAUCAGCAGCCAACCCCUGAGAUCCUUUGACUCCAUUGGGGCAGCACUUCUGGUGGUCUUUGGUUUGAUUAUGGGACUCAUAAGCUUCUCUGUCAUUGUCAUCACAUGGGCACAGAACUCAUAACCCCCUCUGGCCCCCUUUUCCCAAAUUAUGCACAAGAGCAAAGAAAGGGAAAAGCGUGCCACAGAAACCGAAUACUGGACAAAGAGAGGGAACAGAGAUGCUAAUCAGCAUCACCUCAGGCAUUUUAUGGUAUUUAUGGUAAAACUGUUCUCAACACUAGACUAGUGGUUUUUUUCUGUACUUUCUAACUAACACAUAGACCAAACUCAGCUCAUACGAGCUAAAACAAAACAAGAACUUUUCAUGUUCAUGUUUUUUAGGGGAAACGUUUUUGUUACAGCAGCUCACUAUCACGUCAGUGCACACA